AGUUGACUAAAUAGUCACAUUUCUACUAGCUAGCUAUAAUUCAAAAUGUCAGUGAAAAUAAGUGUAGCUCGCGCGGUAGUAGUUGUAUUUUGGAUCUCAUGUGAAGUGAGUUGACAUAGAGUAGCGAGCGUUGCUAUGAGAUGCGGGAGGUGAAUUUAUCAAUCAGAGCGGGAAAAGUAGCUUGUUAGCUAAAUCAAUGGGCUGAUGUCUGGCUAACGUUAGCCUCUUCCUCGGAAUGUCGAUGUCUUUGGCUUGUAAAACCAUUCAUAUGUCACCUGCACCUGGGCAGUACAACCCAGAUCCUGUCGAGUUGAUCUCAAGCCAAAAUGGGUGUGUUCCAAACAAUCAAGGCCAGAUUUUGGGCACUGAGCUCAACCUGAUGGAGAUGACAGAAGUGGAGUACACCCACCUUCAGCACAUCAUCCAGUCACACAUGGAGGCACAGGUUUCUGAUCCAGAGGGAUCUGGAGAUACCCGGUUCAACACUACCAUAUUCACUGUGGGCAGCCCUGCACCCCAACCUAUGACCACAAACUGUGAGGCUGAAUACCCAACAAGGUCUCCCCAGAACUCCCCACCUGAUGCCACAUCAACUUCAAAUGAUGAGCAGCAGUACGCCCUCGGCAGCUCGAACCAGAGUGGACAUGUUGACAUCCAGGAAAUUAAAAUGGUACAGGUCAGCGACGGGAACGUUAUAUCUGGAGAAAGGACACCCACCACUUGCGGAGAAGUCCUCGGCUCCGUGUUGGCUAAAGUCAGGAGUGCAGUGGAUGCAACCGGGGAAUGUGGCUUUGAAGCAUACGACAACGGUAGCGCACAGCUACUGUCCAGGCCAAAUCCACCCGCCCGAGUUCGCUUGGAGAAGAGGUUCAACUGCACCCCCAGAGAACAGGACGCGCAAUCAGCUGCUCUUAGCAAUGUUUUGACAAUGCUACAUCAGUCCAAUGAGGCGCAAGAAGCAGCAAUCCAUCCACAACUGCAGAAGUGGGUGAGGUCAGAUCGGGGCUACCCAAUUGAGGUGUCAUACCCAUAUGGAAGCAUGUUCAACCCCAUCGCUGGCACCCGUCAAGGGUUUGGGAAUGUCCUUCAAAAUCUUGAACCCAAUAAGCAUCAAGGGUUGAUCAUUCCAAAGAACUUCACAUUCAGCUACCGGCAAGACAAGAUGACUGACAAAGUGCCAUGCGUCAACCGCCCCAACCCAACAGAGGAGCAACUUUGGGUGAAGGUGGAAGAUGAUGCUCUGGCGAGGCCUGCACCCACUGCUAAACUUGGUAGGACCUGUGGCCCCCGUAUUGUCAAGGCCCCCCCCGGUGUCGUCCCAGACUCAGCGGCAGGAAGAGCAGCUGGAGGAGCAGGCACCAGAAAGAGAGUAGGCCCUCCAGUGGAAAGUAGCCAGCGCAGAGAGAGGCACAACAGCAAGGAGCGGGAACGCAGGAGGAGGAUUCGCAUCUGCUGUGAUGAGCUUAAUGUGCUGGCGCCGUUCUGCAACAAUGAGACUGAUAAAGCCACCACCCUGCAAUGGACCACCGCUUUCCUCAAGUACAUCCGAGAGGUGUAUGGGGACUCCAUUAAACAGGAUUUCCAGAGCACGUUCUGUGGUAAGACUGGUCAGCGGAUCAAGCCUAGCAGUGCCUCAGGCCAGGUCAUGGUCUGCCAGGAGACCGCAGAGCCACCAAGCGACCCACAGGCAUCGGAGCAAUGAAACAACCUCUUUAGCCGGGUGCACACUACAGGAUUUUGGCCACGAUUUAGCUGUCCCAGACAAGUUUUUGAGAUCGGAGACAAAAUCCCCAUGUCGUUGCCUACUCGGGGCGCGCGGCCAUCACCGACGCUCGUUUAAUGUGAGUGGGUCAAAGACGCAAUCUGAGGGCUACCGAUCUCAUCUUUGAGCAGUCCCAGACGUCCCAAUAUUUUCAAACAGGUUUGGUUUUAUCGGCACAAAAUCUGCAAGGACAAUCUCAAAAACUUGUCUGGGACAGCUAAAUCGAAGCCAAAAUCAUGUAGUGUACACCAGGCUUUAGAGUUACUACACCUAUUUAAUAAUUAUUCUAUUUAUUAUAAAAUUAUUUUACCCAAGAGUAGCUCUACUCCCAUCAGGUUUGGCUUUGGAAUUUUAGCUGUCAGAAAAGCAUCAGGUAUUGCCAAAGACACACAUCCAUUUGAUUGUUUUUUGCAGCAAGAAAAAUUAGUUAGGUGUUCUGUUUAUUCCUUUAUCUCAACACCUUGAAAUAUUAUUGUACCUCAAUGUGAUUAUUAACCCCCUUAACAGGGCAUGUACUCAAACAUGUAAUUUUCCAUCUUCAUCAUUUGGCCAUCAUCUUUUCUCAGAUUUCCUCAAUUUUAUUUUGAUAUAAAAUGGCUUGAUAGUUCAACUGAUAUUUCAAAUGAGCUUCACUUCCAAACCUCAUGAAUAACAAUAAUUAAAACGGGGGAAUGUUUGACAUUUUGGACCAUGUAAGUAACAUACCAACAUUUUGACUGAGGGUCUGGGUUAUACAAUGCAAGUUUAACUGCACUACAGGGCUCCUAUAGAUCAGGUUACUGUAGAAGGAAGGAGAUAUGUUUUAUAUACAACUUUACAUAAUUGUGAUUCUGAGGCAACAAACCUUUUUCAACAAAAAAAAGAGUGCUUUACUGAAUGCCGUGCACAGGUGGCACUGUUUCUCUAGCAUAGAAGAGUUGAUGAAAAUGUGAUCCCCUCACUAGAUUACAGUUGAGUUAUUCUUAAUCGUAUGUGCAUCUUUGAAAUGUAAUAUAUUUUUACUAUAUUUGUUUGUGUUUUAUACAGGUUUGUUUAGUACUCCUGGCAGCAGUAAAUACACUAAAUGUAUAUUGUUCAAUGAUGCUUCACUCUGUAUAUACAACUCUGUUCAAAAGUUGUUUUGUAUGUUAUUGUGACUGUUUUUCAUAUUACCCUACUUAUAUUGGAAAUUUGAAAAAUAAAUGUGACAAUUUACUUGUUUUUGGUUAGUGUUUAUCUACUGAUUGUUUUAGUGCAUUAACAUUCAGUUGGUUAACUUGAUAUGUAGAAAAGAGUAAUGUUUUACUGAAAAGUGGCUUUAUUUGUUUUUUCUUACAACAUGGUGCUGUAGCAUCUUACUGUACAUACAACAGUCACCCACAAAUAAUAAAUAGUAUUUAAAGUCAUGUAUAUUUAAUAGUUACAGCACCGGUACAUAGUGGAUGUGGUCAUUACAAAAUAAAAAAAGAUAAAGAACACAUUGUUAAUGAGUUAUUCUACAAUUACAAUUUCUGAUGCAUCCACAACAUUUUUUAUUUUCAAAACAUAUUGGAAGGGGAGAUUUUAAAAUCAAACAUGUAAUCAUGAAAAGUGAAACAAAAGAGAGAAAAAAAGAAACUGACAACAAUAAAACUUUACAAACUGCUUAAAAAAAAAAACGAGUCUAGCAAGAGUUGUAAAAUACUGUGGUUGC